UACAGGAGAUGACCAGAGACUGCGGACACAGUACAGAGAUGACCAGAGACUGCGGACACAGUACAGGAGAUGACCAGAGACUGCGGACACAGUACAGGAGAUGGCCAGAGACUGCGGACACAGUGCAGGAGAUGACCAGAGACUGCGGACACAGUACAGGGGAUGACCAGAGACUGCAGACACAGUACAGGAGAUGACCAGAGACUGCGGACACAGUACAGGGGAUGACCAGAGACUGCGGACAGUACAGGAGAUGACCAGAGACUGCGUACAGGGGAUGACCAGAGACUGCGGACACAGUACAGG